AUGGUAAGAGAAAAUCCUCCAGCUUUUACAUCUAAUCAAUCAACAACUAGUUCACAAGUUCGACAACCCAUACCAUCAUUUACAUUUACAUCAUCUAAACAACAACAAGAAAUAUCAAAUGAUAAAUCACAAACUUUAGCAUCAGUAACAUCGACUCAUAAUUCAAAUCAAAUAUCAUUAAUAAAUGAACCAGCAGGAACUACACAAAAUAAUAUAUCUGCAUAUUCAAGAAAAUCAUCUGAUCCUUCAACACCUAUUUCUCAACAAUCAAGUUUUCCAAAUCAAGAACAAGAAGCAUCAGAUGUUCCAGCUUCACCAGCUGAUAUAUCAUUAUUAGAAAAAAAAAUCAAUACAAAACUACGAGAUCCAGGUGCAUUGAUUGUUGAUCGUAAUGAUCCAACAUCACCAUUAUAUUCAUUAAAAUCAUUUCAAGAACUCAAUUUGAAACCUGAUUUAUUGAAAGGUAUUUACAGUAUGGGUUUUCAAGCUCCAAGUAAAAUUCAAGAAAUUUCUCUACCACUUUUAUUAAACAAUCCACCAAAAAAUAUAAUAGCACAAUCACAAUCUGGUAUAGGCAAAACAGCUGCUUUUUCAUUAGCAAUUCUAUCACGUAUUGAUCCAUCGAUUCCAUCAGUACAAGCACUUAUUCUUGCACCAACACAUGAAUUAGCUAUACAAAUUGGUUUAGUUAUUGAAGAAAUGGCACAAUAUAUACCAUAUAUUAAAAUUGCUUAUGCUGUACGUAAUACAAAAACUAAUUUUGUUCGUGGUCAACUUUUAACAGAACCAAUUGUUAUUGGUACACCAGGUACAGUUGCAGAUUGGUGUCGUCGACGACGUGUUAUAGAUUUAAGUAAAUUACGUGUAUGUUGUGUUGAUGAAGCUGAUGUUAUGAUAGCAACUGAAGGUUUUCAAAAAACAUGUGUUGAUCUUGUACAAAGUGCUAAUCCUUCUGUCUGUCAAAUGAUGUUAUUUUCAGCUACAUAUUCUGAUGAAGUUAUGGUAUUUGCACGUGAAAUUGUUCAAGAUCCAACUGUUUUAAGAUUAAAACGUGAAAAACAAACAUUAAAUAAUAUAAGACAAUUUUUUAUACGUUGUUAUGAUCUUGAACAAAAAUAUCAUGCUAUUGAACAAAUUUAUGCUCAUUUAAUACUUGGACAAGCAAUGAUUUUUUGUCGAACAAAAGCAACAGCACGUGAUUUAGCUGUUCGUAUGGCAGGUCAACAACAUUCAGUACGAGAAUUAACAGCAGCUUUAGAUAUUGACUACCGUACAUCAGUUAUUCGUCAAUUUCGUGCCCGUGUAUUUAAUGUACUUAUAUCGACAAAUGUUGCUCGUGGUAUGGAUAUUGAUGAUGUUUCAUUAGUUAUUAAUUAUGAUAUGCCAGUUACAGUUGAUUUUAAGCCAGAUUAUGAAACAUAUCUUCAUCGAAUUGGUUGUUGUGGUCGUUUUGGUAAAUUAGGAUAUACAUUUAAUUUAAUUGGUUCUGAAAGAGAUUUUAAUACAAUGAAAGCAAUUGAAGAAUAUUUUCAACAUCCUAUUAUUGAAAUAACAAUUAACGAUAUAAGUAAUCUUGAACAUGAUCAAGAAUGA